AUGUACGUGCCGUCCGCCGGCGGAGCGGGGGACGGCGGCGCCGAGACGAAGCUCCCGGUGCUGGUCUACUUCCACGGCGGCGGCUUCAUCAUCGGCAGCUUCGCCUCGCCGGAGUUCCACACCGUGUGCCUCCGCCUCGCCGCCGAGCUCCCCGCCGUCGUGCUCUCCGCCGACUACCGCCUGGCCCCGGAGCACCGCCUCCCCGCGGCGGUCGAGGACGCGGACACCCUCCUCUCCUGGCUCGGCGGCCAGACCGAUCCGUGGCUCGCCGACGCGGCGGACCUGGGCCGCGUGUUCGUGUCGGGCGACUCGGCGGGCGCCAACAUGGCGCACCACGCCGCCGCCCGCGCCGGCGCCGCGUCGGGACGGCGCCUACGCCUGGCCGGGUGCGUGCUGCUGUGGCCCUACUUCGGCGGCGAGCGGCGGACGGCGUCCGAGGCGGCCUGCCCUGGCGACGUGUUCCUGACGCUCCCGCUGUACAACCAGAUGUGGCGCCUGGCGCUGCCGGCGGGGGCGACGAGGGAUCACCCGGCCGCGAACCCGUUCUGGCCGGAGGCGGCAGCGGGCGGUCCGGGCGGCCCCGCCCCCGGCGAGCUCCCGGCGAUGCUCGUGGCGGCCGGGGACCGCGACAUGCUGAUCGACCGCGUCAGGGAGUACGUGGCGCGGGUGCAGGCGGCCGCCGCGGGGAACAAUAACAGGCGCGUCGACCUCGUCGAGUUCCCGGGGGCGGGCCACGGGUUCGCCAUCUUCGAGCCGGACGGCGAGGCGGCGGGCGAGCUGGUCCGCGUCCUACGGCGGUUCGUGCAUGGCGGGGACGGCGCCGCCUCCCCGGCGCCGCGCAGCGUCUGA